UGCACUGUCGUUUCGCCGCAGGCUCAAUACUUUGGUGCCAUCUCGAUCGGAACACCGCCCCAAAGCUUCAAGGUGGUGUUCGAUACCGGCUCGUCCAACCUGUGGGUACCGUCGAAGCAGUGCUCCUUCACGAACAUUGCCUGCCUGAUGCACAACAAGUACGACGCCAAAAAGUCGUCCUCGUUCGAGAAGAAUGGUACGGCCUUCCACAUCCAGUACGGCACGGGCAGCCUGUCGGGCUAUCUGUCGACCGAUACGGUUACCGUCGGCGGUGUACCGGUGGAGAAGCAAACGUUCGCCGAAGCCAUCCAAGAGCCGGGGCUGGUGUUUGUGGCCGCCAAGUUUGACGGUAUUCUGGGCCUGGCCUACAAAUCGAUCUCCGUCGACGGCGUAAUGCCCGUGUUCUACAACAUGUUCAACCAGGGCAAGAUCGAUGCGCCGGUGUUUUCGUUCUAUCUGAACCGCGACCCGAGCGCUGCGGAGGGUGGCGAGAUCAUUUUCGGUGGCUCCGACUCCAAGCACUACACCGGUGACUUUACCUACCUGAGCGUGGACCGGAAGGCGUACUGGCAGUUCAAGAUGGAUUCCGUCACCGUGGGCGACGCGCAGUACUGCAAUAAUGGGUGCGAAGCGAUUGCCGAUACCGGUACCAGCCUGAUUGCGGGUCCGGUCGCGGAGGUGACGGCCAUCAACAAGGCGAUCGGUGGCACGCCGGUGCUGAACGGCGAGUACAUGGUGGACUGUUCGCUGAUUCCCAGCCUGCCCAAGAUCACGUUCACGCUCGGCGGCAAGCAGUUCACGCUGGAGGGUGCCGACUACAUUCUGCGCGUCGCCCAGAUGGGCAAAACGAUCUGUCUGUCCGGUUUCAUGGGCAUCGAUAUUCCGCCACCGAACGGACCGCUGUGGAUUUUGGGAGACGUUUUCAUCGGCAAGUACUACACCGAGUUCGAUAUGGGUAACGAUCGUGUCGGGUUUGCUACCGCCGUCUAAAGGUGUAGUGGGAGGAGGUGGGGGUGCUUAAUUGAAAGCGAAAACCAAAUUGUGGGAUUGUCGGGAAGCUGAACAAGCUACCAUUUGCAUGCUAUUUUUACAAUAAAGUUGACAAUUCUGAUUUCCAAACCAUAAAAACA